AUGGAUUUUGCGCCCUGUGACCGCGUUCAGCACACAAACGACGAAGCAACUGCCACGAAAGCUCAUGCUGUCCGGCGUGGCUAUUGGAAGGACCCGUACAUAGUACACUUCUGCCCUUUUCCGUCAGUGUCUACACCGGAAAUCAGUCGCGGUUACUAUAUACGGGUCCAGACGUUUGAGGCAAUGGUCCUGCGUUUUAUUCAGGAAAAUAAUCGGAUGUGUCAAGUCAUCAACCUUGGGGCCGGCUCCGACACACUGUUCUUCCGAUUAAAAGAAAAGAAUCUCGUUCCUGCUGCGUAUGUUGAAAUUGACCUUCCUGCCAAUAUGAAGAAGAAAGUGUUUACUUUACAACGAAAUAAAACCUUAUGGACUGCACUCUCUUGUGAAUGCGUGUCGUUCGGAUGUUACCACUUGCUCAGCUGGAACCUACAGGAAUCCCCAGCCUCCCUCAUUACUCUUUUAUGCGAUUCUCCAGAGGGUCCAAGGCUUUCCCUCGAACUUCCUACAUUUUUCAUUGCUGAAUGUGUCCUCGUGUACAUCUCAAAUGAGUCAUCAAAUUCUCUCUUAUCUGCACUUGCAACCGAAUUUGCGCGGGCGGCUUUCUUAAAUUACGAACAGGUGUGUUAUUGUAUACAUUACCGCAGUGUAAGUAAAUUUUGGAUCUUUCUUGAUACAUGCAACGGAGUAACCUCAUUUCUGUUUCUGACAUCCACUUAUAGAAUCAGAAGAUUGGAAAUGUUGGAUGAUACGGAGAUCACGAAGCAGUUGUAUGAUCACUAUUGCAUUGUUUUGGCCACGAACAGUGAGGACGUAUGUCGAUGGACCGAACUCAAGAUGGCCCUUUCUGAGGUAAAAUAG